AUGACGGUGACUGGUGGCAUGUCAGAGGAGAUGAAGCCAGAGAGCGUGUCGCUGCAUCCUCUUGGCACAGCAGCUGCCCCUGAGCCAGAGCUGCUGUGUAUCUUUGGGACUGGGGACUUGGGGCGCUCUCUGGGCCUGCGCCUGCUCCAGUCUGGCUACAGGGUGGUGUACGGCAGCCGCAGACCUCACAGCUGUGGCCCUUUGCCUCAGGGAGCUCAGGUGAUGAGCCACGCAGCAGCAGCUCGGUCGGCCAGUCUGAUCUUCAUUUGUGUUCACAGAGAACACUAUGACUUCCUCGAGACAAUGGCACCUCAUCUAGAAGGAAAGGUGCUGGUGGACCUCAGUAACAACCUAAAGAAAGACAUGUACCCAGAAGCCAAUGCUGCCUACCUGCAAAGGCUGGUCCCUGGAGCUGCUGUGGUGAAAGGCCUUAACACACUGUCUGCCUGGGCCCUGCAGAAUGGACUUCUGGCAGGAAAACAGGUGUACCUGUGUGGGAACAGUGCGGGAGCAAAGCAGGCAGUAGCAGAGAUGGCCACCAAGCUGGGUCUCACUGUUCUGGACAGGGGGUCUCUGUCUGCAGCCAGAGAACUGGAGGACUUCCCCCUGCAGCUGUUCCAAGAGUGGAGGCUGCCUCUACGAGUGGCCAUCGGCAUCACCGCCUUCUUCUUCUUCUAUCUGCUCAUUAGAGAUGUCAUCUACGCGUAUGUUGAACAGGGGAAAGACAUCUCCUUCAGAAUCAUGGUGUCCUUGGCCAACAAGGUGUUUCCCAUUGUGUCGCUCAUCAUGCUGUCUCUGUGUUACCUGCCUGGUGUGAUAGCUGCCUUCCUUCAGCUCUACAGAGGAACAAAAUACAGGCGCUUCCCUGACUGGCUGGACCGCUGGAUGCUGUGCAGGAAGCAGAUGGGUCUGGUUGCACUGGGCUUUGCUUUUCUCCAUGCCAUCUAUACAUUUAUCAUUCCUAUUCGCUAUUCUGUCAGACACAAACUCAUCUCGCUCGUGGUGGAUGAGAUGAAGGACAAUAAGACCACCCCGUUUUACUUUGAUAAUACAGAGGCAUGGGCCACAGACUCAUUCUAUGUGCUGGGAAUCCUGGGUUUUUUUUUUUAUGUCCUGCUAGGACUAACAUCCCUGCCCUCUGUGGGAGGCUCGCUCAGCUGGAGAGAGUUCAGCUUCAUUCAGUCCAAGCUGGGCCACCUGACCCUGUCCAUAUGCACUGCUCACGGCUACAUUUACGGCUGGAACAAAUUUCUUAAACCCUCUACCUACAAAUGGUACACUCCUCCAGCGUUCAUGCUCUGUCUGAUUGUGCCGUCUGUGGUCUUGGUGCUCAAGGCGCUGCUCCUCCUUCCCUGCGUGGACCGCACCCUCACCCGCAUUCGACAGGGCUGGGAGAGGACCCACCCGAGGGAGGAGAUGGGUGAGAGCAAGGUCACCAACCUGUGA